CGAUCGUGCAUGGAUAGGAAAUGGGAUUGUGAGGCCUAGAGUGUGAGUAUAUGUAUGAGGCUGUUCCCCACCUGAAAAUGUUCAGUAACUAUCACGGAUAACCCAAUUCAAUCAAUACUACACAUUGACUGUAUCUCCAUACACUAUCACCUCACAUCAACCAACUCCAUAUCGAAUGUACAUCAUGUCUUCUCCAGCAACCCAAUACGUCUACAUCCCCAACCUUGUCGGCCGUCAGAUGCUCCGUGUCCCCGUUGAGGACAUCGAGGCUGAGAACAUCAUCACCUUCUCCUCCCCAGUCUCCCAGGCAUCAAACGAGACUAUGGAGGAUGGUCCCUCCCGCCUCCGGGACUCUACACGCUCCGCCAGCAUCUCGUCUGCCUCCUCCGUCGAAGAGACAGAAUGAGCACGAUCCCAUUGCGGGGUCACGCAACUAAAUCCACAAACCGAAAACUAAAUACCACCAACGGUGGUUGUACAAGGCGCCGGAGUACUGGGACAACGCUAGCAGCCCGGAGACGAGAGCUGAGGUGUAGUCCUUUGAGGCUGACAUCACUCGACGCCAUCUACCAAAACAACGGAGUUCCAAGAAUGAGUGGGUGUCGCAAACGGACACUAUCAACAUUAGCCCGUGAAAGCACGUUAUCGACGAGUCGAGGUGCGGGGUCACAAAGGAUCACGAUGAGGGGGGAUCUCUACCAACCAUGGAAGGUCCGGCCUGAUUACGAAGACGGGGACAGAAGAGGAAGGGAGGCACGUUGGUGCUUGGCAGAGAAAAAGUUUUUGCAGAUACCCAUUCACCUCUACUAUUUCAAUAAUAUAAU